AUGGCGUCACUUAGCAAAGAGGAGAGGCUUGCCCUCAUCAAAGAGAACUUGGAAGAGUAUCUCAACAUUGAGAUUAUCGAGGAUAUCUUGGCUCAAGGUCGAGACCCAAAGAUUUACUGGGGAACCGCCACAACCGGUCGUCCACACAUUGGGUAUUUUGUACCGGCUUUGAAGAUUGCCCAGUUCCUCGCAGCAGGAUGCGAAUUGACGAUCCUCCUUGCCGACAUUCAUGGCUUUCUCGACAACCUCAAGGCUCCGAUUGAGAUCGUUCAGUACCGAGCUCAGUACUACCAGCAUGUCAUCAAGGCCAUCCUCAAGGCUGUGGGCGUGCCGACUGAAAAGCUGCGCUUCAUCCUCGGCAGCGAGUUUCAGAAGGGGCCCGACUACAUCAUGGACAUCUACAAGUUGACAUCUCUGACGUCGGAGCACGAUGCCCGGAAGGCCGGUGCUGAGGUAGUCAAGCAGACGGACAAUGCACCGCUGAGCGGACUGCUUUACCCCUUGCUACAGGCUCUGGAUGAAGAGUACCUUGGCUGCGAUGCGCAGUUCGGUGGUACUGACCAGCGCAAGAUUUUUACCCUGGCCAAGGACGUCUUGCCCAAGAUUGGCUACAAACAAAGAGCACAUCUAAUGAAUCCCAUGAUUCCAGGCUUGCAAGGCGCCAAGAUGAGCUCCAGCGAGCCUGACAGCAAAAUCGAUCUCCUCGACAGCGCCGAGGCUGUGGCGAAGAAGCUGCGCAAAGCCGAGGCGGUGCCAAAGGUGCCGGAUGGUAAUGGCAUAAUAGCAUUUAUCGAAUAUGUUUUACUCCCUGCCUCCAAGCUCAAGUCAGGGCAGCAAGAAUUCCGCGUUGAGCGUGAGCGCGACGGUCUAGAACCUCUUGUGUACAACGACAUUGCACAACUCCGAGAAGAUUACAAGAAUGAUGUGCUCACCCCGCAGCUGCUGAAGCCGGCAACUACCAAGGCGCUCCUUGAACUCUUGACACCCAUACAGGCUGAAUUCGAGGCCUCUAAAGAGUGGCAGGAAGUUACCGAGAAAGCUUACCCGCCAGAGGAGAAGAAGAAGAAGGAGAAGAAGAUCAAAAACAAGGGCACGCGACACCCUGGCGCUGCAGUGAAUCCUCCUGCGGACGCCUUGCCGGAACGACCCAAAGAAACAACGGCAUGA